AUGUCUGGGGGCUCAGAGAGUGAUGACUCUGUAACAGCUAAUGGGAGGGUUUACAUUCCUGAAGUAAGAAAUGAGGAAACACCAGCAGUUGGGAUGAAGUUCGACUCGCUUGACCUCGUUUAUAAUUUCUAUAAUAGAUAUGCAUUCUUGGCUGGCUUUGGUAUUCGACUUCAUUCCAGCUUUUGGGGGAAAAAUAAGAAAGAGAUUCUGAGAAAAGAAUUUGUAUGUUGCAAACAAGGUGCAUACCGGAAGGAUGAAACUUGGGAGAGAAAAAGACAGAUGGGAGCAAGAAAGGGACACAAUCAUAAGAUGACACCCUCAGGAAGAAUGCAUUUACUGAGAUCACACCGUCGUAUUUCAGAUUCUACAAAAGUACUCACAAAACAGUUGGGUUCGGUUAAUAUUCCCAUUAAUCAGAAGGAUAUCUACAAUCUUGAAUGUAGUGUGAAUGGGAAGAUGAGGAACCACGAUGUUGAACUAAUUGAGGGAGAUGGCGAUAACAGGUUUAGUCGAUGUUUUUGGGCAGAUGCAACUUCUAGACGGGCGUACGGGUUUUAUGGGGAUGUUGUUGUAUUCGAUACCACAUUCAACACGAAUAGAUACGACUUGACAUUUGCACAAAUGUUGGGAGUUAAUAACCAUGGUCAAACAAUUGUCCUAGCAUGCGCAUUUUUGAGCAAGGAAACGACUGAGUCGUUUAUUUGGAUGUUUGAGGAGUUUAAGAAAGCCAUGCCAGGUGGCGAACCUAAAACGAUCAUUACAGAUCAAGAUGCGGCAAUGAGCAGAGCGAUUUCAAUAGCCUUCCCGACUACAUUUCAUCGACUUUGCAUAUGGCACAUCACAUCAAAGUUUUCUGUUAAGUUACCACAUUCUGCUUAUAAGGAGUAUUGGGGUGAAUUCCAGAAAGCCAUAUGGGAUACUGACAAUAAGGAUGAGUUUGAUGCAAAAUGGAAUAUUGUGGUUACAAAGGCUGGUUUGAUUGACCAUCCAUGGCUAAGUUCAAUGUUUGAUUUAAGGGAAUCUUGGGUUCCAGCCUACGCACGACACUUUUUUGCCGCUGGAAUGUCAAGCAGCCAAAGAGCGGAAUGUUCUCAUGGUUUCUUCAAGCAAUACAUAUCAAGGAGAAAUUCGUUGAUGGAUUUCAUAAUAAGAUUUGAGAGGGCACUUUCUCAUCAACGUCAAAAAGAGUUAGUUGCUGAUCACGUAGAUGCAUUUGAAGUGGCUCAAUGUAUUCUACCGAUGCCAAUUAACAAACAAAUGGCUACCUUGUACACAAGGACAAUGUUUCAAAAACUGAAAACAGAGGAUGCUUCUAAAGUUGUCUUUAAUGUGAGCGAAAGGAAAAAUUGGGAAACAAGAGUGGCAAAAGUCGUAUAUGUCAAAGAUUCUGACCACGCAUCGUGUAGCUGCAAAAGAUUUGAAUUUGUUGGAAUUAUUUGCAAGCACAUCCUAGCAUUGUUCAGAAGGGACCAGAUUGAAUAUAUGCCCGAUAAAUACAUUUUGAAGAGGUGGAAGAAAACUGGGAAAUUUGGAUUGGUGUCAGAUGCAAAUGGCAACGAAAUUAAAGACUCUGCAGAUCCUGUUCUUUUAAUAAAGCGGAGUACAAUGUCCCGACUUGCUUCAGAUGUGGUUGAGGAUGCAUUAAUGUGUAAAGAAGGAUGUGAGCUACUGUCAGAGACUCUAAAAAGUUUGCGGGUGAAGUUGAAGUUGUUGAAGGAUGGACCAAGUAAUAACGAAGUUUGA